AGAGGUGUUGUAGUGAGGGGGCGGAAUGGUGAGUUUGUGACAGGGAAGGUGGCUCUCCCUCAGAUGGUGUGAGGCCCACGACGCUGCCGGCUUUAGAGGUUACCAUGACGCCAGAGGGGAAUGGCUCCGAGUGCGAAUGCGCGGUCUGCUGGAACCCCUACGACAACGCCUUUCGCAUGCCGAAGAUCUUGGAGUGCAGGCACACUUUCUGCCUAGAGUGCCUGGCCCGCAUGAGCCUGGCGUCCGUGCCGGAGAUGGAUCCAGGCAUGUCCUGCCCCCUGUGCCGACACCUCACGCCCCUGGGCGCCGGGCAGUUGGUGACAGGCCUGCGCACAAACACAGAGAUUCUCGGCCGCAUGAGGCUGCAACCUGUCCACGUUUAUCUCGACCAUGGGCGCCUGUUCUACAAGGGGCCAGGCAAAGCCAGCUUCUUGCUGCGUCGGCCCACCGUCUACACCCUGAGCUUGGAUGUGGAGCGAGAGGGCGGACCCCCCCUGCGCACUCAAGCAGCACCAGCCCUGGAAGACCAACUGCCCCAGAAUACCAUGUGGAAAUGCUGUCAGAGCCCACCGUGCAGAACCGCCAUUUAUAUCAUGAUCGCCACUUUUGGGAUCACCAUCAUUCUCGUCAUCUCACUCUUCUGGACUAAGAAAAUCCUGUGGGAUUUGGGCUGAGAGAAACUCCUUGCAUUUAUUUAGCACCUUUCCUAUCCUCAGGACGCCCUAGAGUCUUUUGCUCCUCAUGAAGUACUUUCUGUUUAGUUACUGUUGC